AUGGCCGACAGUGCUGGCGCCGAAGAUGCCACUGUCACCUUCCACGUCAAAUCCUCGGGUAGCCAGAAAUGGACGCUGACUUUGCCUUUGUCGACGACGACAAGUGAGCUGAAGAACAAACUCGCCUCUGAAGAAUACGCCAAUGUCCCAGCUUCAGCUCAGCGACUGAUUUACAGCGGGAAGGUGCUGAAAGACCAUGAAACUCUCGCCUCUCACAAUGUAAAAGAAGGCAACACGAUGCAUCUGGUGAAGAGCGCUGCUAGCAAUCAAAGACAGAACCCCGCUACACAAUCCUCGUCCACCUCGACUCCAACCUCGGGAACUGCACCGCAACCCGCAGCUGGGGUGCCUCAAAACCUGGCAUCGGGCACUGGGAACGAUCCUUUGGCUGGCUUAACGGGUGCCCGGUACGCGGGAUUUGCCCAAUUGCCAAAUCCCAGCAUGUUUCAAGAGAAUCUUACACCAGAUGACUUCCUGCGCCAACUGGAUAACCCCCACUUCCAGCAGAUGAUGCGUGAAGCCAUGGGCAAUCCCCAGGUUCAGGACAUGAUCAUCAACCAGAACCCCCAUCUUAGAGCGAUGGGGCCGCAGGCGAGACAAAUGCUCAAUUCCGACUACUUCAGAUCUAUGAUGACGAACCCUCAAAUGCUGCGGAACAUGAUGCAGAUGCAGCAGCAGAUGGGUAUGGGUCCUUUCGGUGGUGCGGGCGGAGGAGAGGCAUUUCCAGCACCUGGCGUCACCAAUACAACAGAACCGGGCACUGCCGGCAGCACUCCUCAAAACGUACCUAACAAUCCACUAGGAAUGCCGCCGCAAGGUCAACCUGGCCAGGCCGGGCAAACAGAACAGCUAUUGUCGAUGCUACAAAAUUUGAGACAAACGAAUCAAGCCCUUUCCCAUCUCUUUGGUGAUCCCAAUGCCCAGGCGACGGGAGUGCGUAGUGGAGAAGCUGGGUCUGAUAACCAAGAAGCCGCUGGCCAACAGACUGAAAAUACAGCAAACCCGACGGCGCAGCGCAUUAACCCUUUCAUGGCACUGUUUCCACAGGCCACAGGACCCAGCACCACAUCUCCCCCACUAAAUCCUUUCAAUCCCCAGCAGAACCCAUUUCUCCAGAACCCGGAGGCCAUGCAACGAUUCCUGCAAGACAUGAACACUGGGCAAGGUGGCGAUGGUACGGAUUAUGGUGGCUUGUUCAAUCUCCUUGGUGCCGGCCGGCCAACAUCGCCGCCUGACAGCCGGCCGCCUGAGGAGCGAUAUGCACAGCAACUACAGCAGUUGAAUGAGAUGGGGUUCUACGAUUUCGACCGAAAUGUUCAGGCGCUGCGAAGAACCGGAGGCAAUGUGAACGGCGCAAUCGAAUACCUGCUCAGUCACCCUGCAGACUAG